GUGGGCUACAAAUGGCGUCUCACUUGAUUGCUGGAGAGCGGCUGGUGCGUGCUCUGGCCCCCGGCGGGGAGCUGGAGCAAGAGGAGCUGCCCCGGAAGCUGCGGGCAGAGCUUGAGGCCGCUUUGGAGAAGAAGCACAAGGGCGGUGAUCGCCCCAGUGGACCCGCACGCCUGGUUUCCUUUCGCCUGAUUCGAGAUCUGCACCAGUACCUCAGAGAAAGGGGUUCCACACUGUACCUUCAUGAGCUCCUAGAAGGCAGCGAAAUCUAUCUCCCAGAGGUGGUGAAGCCUCCUAGGAACCCAGAGCUGGUUGCCCGUCUGGAGAAAAUUAAGAUACAAUUGGCCAAUGAGGAGUACAAACGGAUCACCCACAAUGUAACCUGUCGGGAUUUCCGGCGUCGUGGGAUUCUGAAUGACCUGGGCAAGGAAGUGAGGUCAGUGAAGGCUCUGGUCAUCACCAUCUUCAACUUCAUCGUCACGGUGGCAGCCGCCUUCGUCUGCACUUACCUUGGAAGCCAGUAUAUCUUCACAGAAAUGGCCUCGCGGGUGCUGGCUGCAUUGAUCGUCGCCUCUGUGGUGGGCCUGGCCGAGCUCUACGUCAUGGUGCGUGCGAUGGAAGGCGAGUUGGGAGAGAUAUAACUGGUACUUCACCAUCAGAGACCGGAGAGGGUUUGGAGGGGCUGCAGGCUCUCAGCUGGCAAUCACUGACUCAGUCAACCCAUCCAGUUCUUUGUCCUCCGCCCCGGUGAGUCAGGGCCAAACCAAGUCUACCUGCUGUUUCUGUGGGGAGCCCCAUAGUCUGUCAGUUGCCAGAGGGAGCAAUUAGAGGAGACUCAGACAACAACAGAAAAGAGCUGGUCUGUCAGUGUCUCCUCCUGAUCUUCAUGCCCAUCUGCCGUCUAUUUGGGGCACUGCUGGCACCGGGGCUUUCCAUCCGGAGUAAAUAGAAUCCAGGCUUUCCCAGAAGUAAAUCAUACUGCGCGAACUUGCCCAAGUGCACAAACCAGUUGUCAUCCUUGCUCCACGCAUCCUUGAUGCUGACCUAUAACUUAGUUCUGAAGCCUCCAAGAACGCACAAAGGAUUUCCUUUCUCUGAGUUAUGCUGGAAGAAGUACAGAACAGAGGAUACCAAAUAAGAGAAGGAUGGGGUACAGGAUGGUGGAAUUGAAAAUAAGGCAGCUACCUUUUUGGAAUCUUAGUUUCUAUCUUCAUCUUCCUCCUUCUGCUUGCUUUUUUCAGGUUUUCAAUAUGCUUCUGCCUGCCUACCACCCACCAGCCCUCCUUAAACCUCCCACCUUCUUGUCUCCUUUAUCUGCCUCCAAAAAUGAAAACAAUUUUGGCUGUGGCUGGUGUGGCUCAGGGGAUUGAGCGCAGGCCUGCGAACCAAAGGGUCAUUGGUUCAUUCCUAGUUAGGGCACAUGCCUGGUUUGAGGGCCAGGGCCCUGGUUGGGAGCGUGUGAGAGGCAACUGGCCGAUGUAUCUCUCGCACGUUACCGCUUCUCUCCCUUUCAUUCUCCCUCUCUUCCCCUUUCUCUAAAAAUAAAUAAAUAAAAUCUCUAAAAAAACCCACACAAUUUAGGUAGCAACAGUGUAUCUGCUUUCAAUUGCAGAAUUCCUUGUACUUGUUGUGUUUGUAGGCAGAGUAUACCUACUGUGUGGAUUGUCUCAACUAAUAAAGGGAGGGACAGGAACGACUUUCAGAUUUAACUGUAUUUAUGAAUAUGAAUGAACGUGCACAUGAUAUGUAUACAUAUUUUUAUACAUGAGCCUAAUAUAGGAUGUUUUAUAUGGAUUCUUAAACUUGUUUGGGUGAGUUUAAAAAAUGGUAUGUGAAUGUUCACAGUUGACAGUUGUUUUACAUGGUCGCUUUUGGUCUUGACAACAACUCUGAGUAUGGAGAAGGAAAUGGUCUUAGGGCCCUUGUCCAGGAGACAGAACUGAGGCCAAGAGAGAUCAAAUGGCCCACUGCGGUCCUUCCUCUGUUAAAUGGAGCCCAAGACUCCUGGAUAGUCCUGAAGUCUCUGUAUAAUGUUAAACUCCUAGAACUUAGAUUGGUGGUGUAAUGACAGUAUCUGUAUAAGGCGCUUUAAAAAAUG